AUGGCAAAGGACCACUGGUCCUCCGACAAAUACUCCUCCGCAGCAUCCUUCGUCCCCCAGUUAACCUCCAAAGUCAUCUCAUACCUCAACACGCAACCAGCCGACCGGAUCCUCGACCUAGGCUGCGGCGAUGGCGUCCUCACAGCGCAAAUAGCCCAAUCCGCUUCUCAAGGCGAGGUAUUAGGACUAGACGCCUCAGCCUCUUUCAUCCAAAGCGCGCAACAGACGUACGCAACCCCAAACUGCACCUUUAAACACCACGACUGCACCCAACUGGACCGGUGCCCCGAAGCCGUCGACGGGUCGUGGGACAAAGUAUUUAGUAACGCGGCGAUGCACUGGAUUCUGCGGAACCCGGAGACUCGACAGAACUUCUUCGCCAACGUCAACAAGUCGUUGAAGCAAGACGGCAAAUUCGUCUUCGAAAUGGGCGGCAACGGCAACGUCGCUGAGGUGCAGGCAGCGGCCACAGCAGCGUUGCUCCAUGCCGGUGUACCGCUUGCAGAAGCACGGGAAGCGAGUCCGUGGUUCUUCCCGAGCACCACUCACAUCUCAGACUUGCUGUCGAACGCUGGAUUUGACGUCGAGGUGUGCGAGCACGAGUACCGGUCCACGAAACUGACGGCCGAGACGGCGGGUAAGAGCGGGGGGUUGGAAGGGUGGGUGCGGUUGAUGUGUGCGCAGUUCAUUGAUGCGGCGCCGGAGGGGAAGCGGGAUGCGGUGGCGAGGGAGAUUUGUGAGGUCAUCGAGCCGGUGGUGACGAGGCAUGAGGAUGGGAGUAAGUGGAUGGGGUAUUGUAGGUUGAGGGCGGUGGGGAGGAAGAAGUGA